AUGAAGCUACUUCUCGUUCUUGGUACAUUCAUCGUCGUGGCAUGCGCCGCCGUCGAUGAUGUUUCCAUUUCAAACUUCAAAGUGGGAAUUUUGGCUAAGGACCAACAACCGGACGCUGAGAACUUGAAGACCGUCGCCAUUUUCUCCAAAUUAUCAGGAGAGCUCAAAGCCGAAGCUUCCCAACGUCUUUAUGUAUCCUUCAACAUCGCCAAGAAAGCCGACAACGCCAAAGUUAAACCACAACAAGUCUUCCUCCGAUUUGUGGCUCAAAAUGGAGAAGAUGCAGUAGUUGUUGUCAACCCAGAUGCGAAUGGAAACUACCUCUACGAUACUGUCCUCCGCACUGCCGCUAAAUCCUUCCACAAUCUCAGCGGUCAGUUCAAGAUCAGUCUUAUUGUCGGUGAUGUCACUAUCAAGAAUCCUAUCAACUGGCACUUCGCUGACAUCGACGCUGCUCUUCCAGUUGCCUACGAGCCAACCCCAAAAUCGCAACAAGUGAGAUAUGAGCCACUCAACGAAAUCACCCAUCAAUUCCGCGAACCGGAAAAGCGUCCAUCUGCAGUCAUUUCCGAUUUGUUCACUGUUGUGUGCUUAUCUCCAUUGGUUAUUCUCUUCGGAUUGUGGGCUCAAAUCGGAAUCAACUUCAAAAAUGCUCCAGCUUCCCCAUGGGUACCAAUCUUCCACAUCGGUCUCGCUGGCAUUUUUGGUCUCUACUUCCUCUUCUGGGUUCAAUUUGACAUGUUUGAAACUCUCAAGUACCUCUCUGUUCUCGGAUUCCUCACCUUUGUCGCCGGAAACCGAGUACUUCGAGCGAUAUCCGAAAGCAAGCAAAAGUCAGACUAA